ACAGCUGCAGGGGAUGUAGCGCAUAUACGCGAAUACUUACAGACAAGAAACCACACAACCAUGAGGGCUUGUCAUCAUGUCUGUUUUUCUGGGUUGGAUACUCGCAACUGCAUCGGAGCCGAAGGAUUGAUGAGGAGAAGUACCGGCACACCCGUGGAUUGUAUAAUUUGGAGAUCAACGGUGGCCAGCCACACUCUCCAGACUUGCAGAACGAUGCGAGCUUCUUGGUCCCGACCCGCUACAACGUGGUGUACAUAACCUUAAAGACUAAGCGUCGUAAACCAGCACAUAUACGAGGUACAGUCCGACCCAAAGUAAGGAGAAAAGCGAGAAGAAAUAAGUCUUCCAAUCUGUCUUUUACAGAGGAAAAACUUCGCACUUUGGAGGGGGAUGCGGUACAAAUUAUGCGCAACUUUGCACCCAUACCUUCAAGGAAAGAAACCAUGGAUGUUGAUUAUAAAUCACCGGAUAUAAGCCAUAAAAUUUAUAAACAUGAAGAAGCAGACUCUCAGAUUAGUUCAAUUCGAAUAUACAGUCAAAGGCCGCCACCAUGGUUCAGCGCACAGGAUGUGAAAACCAUGCGCUUUCUUGCGGAUGCCAAAGUUUUGCGCGUGAAAGAAGUCUCUCAUGGAGACAGUCAUUCGCUUCUGAUAUUUGAGGGUGAGACAAACGUUCAACAGUCAAACCAACAGCACGCAAAAACGAGCACUGUAUGCGGAGGGCAAUGUGGAGUCAUCCACAACCCGGUGGAUAACACAGAGGUUUUUGCUUUUCAUUUGGACAGAGUGCUGGGGCUUAAUAGGACGUUGCCAGCUGUAAGCAGAAAAUUUCGCUUUUUAUACGAUGGGCAGUCCUGUCCAGUUGUGUCAUGGGAUGCAUCUCUAUACCCAGCAGGCCUUGCUGCAGGUUUGACCAGCUUGAAGUUAACAUGGGGGGAGUACCAGAACUCCCUGAAACAGAGAUGUUGGCAACAAAACAUCAGCCCAAAGUCUGAUUCUGGCUGCUCUACAAUUCAUCACUAUGAAUGGAGCAAACUUGCUCUGUUUGACUUCUUGUUACAGAUUAACAACCGCCUGGACCAGGGUUGCUGUGGGUUCAGGCCUCGGCAGGAGGAUGUGUGCAUUGAACUGGCUUACCAUGCUAAAUGUCAAGAUGCCAACCACAUACAGCUAGAAAACAUCAUCUACAGGAGCCACAACCCCAGACACCUGGUCUUCAACAACAACAAGGGAUUCUUUGACCGUAAUGAGGACAACUUGGACUUCAGGCUGUUGGCCGGAAUCAAGGAGUUUCCAGAGCAAGCUGUGUCUGUGCUGAAAACCAGAAAACUGAGAGAAAAACUCCUUCAAUCUCUGUUCCUUGACGAGACAUACUGGGAAAGCCAAGGGGGUCGACAGGGCAUUGACAAGCUAAUUGAUGUUAUCGAGAGGCGAGCAAAGGUCCUCCUCACCUACAUCAAUGCCCAUGGGAUCAAAGUGAUAUCAAUGAAUGUGUGAUGAAGAUAAAUCUUUGUCUUUUAUAAGACAUUGGGGGCUUUAUGCCCGAACAUUUUAUAGGUUGGUUGGGAUAAGAAUAAUAGCAGAUGUGUGACAAUUUUUAAAAUUCUAUCAUUUUUUUUUUUUUACUAAAGCUAAGAAACUUUGCCUUGCCAGUUAUUUAGGCACUUAUUGUCACAAUUAGAGCAUGGACACAGUGACUAUAAAUGAUCACGUGAAGAUCAAAAGUCAUAUAAUGAUAAUGAUGAUGAUGGGAAAAAAAGUUUGUACAGGAUUCCAUGCACUCCUGUGAAAAACCAAGUACACCCUAUAGUUCACCUUGUAGAAAGUUGCAGCAAAAAUCUAAUGCGUUCCGAUAUAUACAACAUUAAUCCCAGAAAAGUUGAAUGCUUUUUAAAUGUAAAUAAAAAAGAAUGCAGUAAGUUAUAGAUCUAAAAAACAGAUUGUAUUUACAAUAGAACAUCGAAAGCAUCAAUGUUUAAAUUGAGAAAAUAAACAUUUUUAAGAAAAACUUUAGUUCAUUUUGAAGUUGAUGGCAACAACACACCCCAAAAAACUUAAGAGACGGUCAUGUUUCACUGGGUUUUCUUGUAGUACUUUAGGUGUUAAACUGGUGAAAUGUCUGAACUGCAGUUCAGGUCCCAGUCUCUUCUAAUACAAAACCAUUCUGUUGCAAUAGAUGGAUUAUGCAGUUUAGCUUAUAUAUUCAAUUCCCCUGAAUGGGAACAUUCGUCCAACUAUAAGUCUUUUAUCACUGAUAGUGCUUUUUCAGAUGUGCAAGCUGCCAGUUCCACAGGCAGUGAUCGGGGCCACUCAGUGACUUCAAGUUGCAUCCAAAAUCCUGUAGAUGCAAAACAAGCCCAAGCCAUAACCCCUCCACCACCAUGACAGUUGGUAGUUGAUGGUUGGUAUGAAGUGCUUCUCCUGAUGUUUUUUACUUAGUGCAGUGUUCCAGAUAUCCUGUGAUUCAUUCAGAUGUAACUUUGCAAACCUCAGCUGUGCUGAUGUGCUCUUUUUAGAAGGAAAAAGGCUUUUUUCCCGUCAAUCCUUCUAAACAGGUCAUGAACAUACACGAUUGUUGAUUGUGCUUAUGUAAAUCUGAAUGCUCCAGACUAGGAUCUUCUGCCUUUAUAAUGGUGGUGAUGAUCAUUUAAUCAAGUGCAUUUGAUUAGCAGCACCUGGUGGCUGAUUACCAUCUUAAUUCCUUGGGAAGCAGUAAGGGUGUACUCAGUUUUUCAUAGUCCUGUGAAUCAUGUAAGCUGUCUUUUUCACAUGAGUGUAUAUGCACUAUUAUUUUAAAUAUGAUGUACUGAUACAUUUAUUUAUUAUUGUUCUUUCUUUUGGUAUUUGGUAGUGCAAUUUGAAUGUGGGAUACAUCAAUAAAAGUAAUUACUGCUGAUAGAUUUA